CCAAUCAGAAUCCAAGGACAAGAUCCACUUCCUGUUUUUACUGCUCGUGGAUAACAUUAACAGAGAGCGACAGUUUUGUUCUUAGCUUCAAAAUCAUGAGUUUUAUGUGUAGAUUCAGGAUACUGAUAUCAUCAGUUUGUAGGAAAAGUAGUUUAUUAGAUGACUCGGCUAUGUCUAGAUGCCUCAGUAUGUUUUCCAAAGCUCGGUGCCACAGACUUCCUGUUGAGUUAUCCUCAUGUCAACAACACUGGCGUCAGGGAGCGUCUCCUAGGUGUCUCUUUGAGUCAAAAAGACGUUAUACAGACCGAGGUGAGAGCAGACUUACAGAAAGAACGGAGAAAUUCGAAGAGCAAACCGAUGAGAUGGAGGAUAACAGGAGGACCAUCAACUCCCAGAACCAGGGAUUUUCCGAGACGUUCAACCUCGACGUCCUGGUCUCUCUACUGCGUCAGGAAAAUGCUGUGGACCUGUGUGUGAUUAAAGUGCCGGAUCAUAUCCAAUAUGCAGAGUACUUUAUUGUUGUCAGUGGUGUAUCACCAAGACAUCUCCGCGCCAUGGCUCUUUAUGCCAUCAAAGUGUACAAGUUUCUGAGGAAAGAUGGAGAACUACAUGUCAAGAUUGAAGGCAAGGGUGCAGAUGACUGGAUGUGUGUUGACUUUGGUAACAUGGUUGUUCACCUCAUGCUGCCUGAGACCAGGGAAGUGUAUGAACUGGAGAAACUGUGGACUCUGCGUGCCUACGAUGAGCAGCUGAGGAAAAUUCCUUCAGAGAUGCUUCCAGAAGACUUCGUAUUUGAUGCCGAGCUCACAAAGUGACUGUAUAUUUAAACAGAACCAGUAGUUAACUAAUUCAAAUGGACAUUCAGUGUUUUCCUCAUUUUUUUCAGUGAUUGGUUAGUGCAUUUGCUUUUGUUUUAAAUAAAAAAAAAUGAAAAGGA